GGCGCCGGGCCCGCUGAGCCUUGCGCUCGUUGACGCCGCGCAGCGGGAAGAUGGUGGGGACCCGCACCAGGUAGGACUUGCGGCCGCCCUGGAAGUGCUCGCUGCAGACGCGGUGGCCCGUGGUGGGCUGGAAGGUGCUGAAGCAGCCGCUGACGCCCGCCCGGGAGACGUUCUUGAGCCAGAGGCGCCGCAGCUCCUCGUCCUUGGGGAAGGUGUAGAAGUGCAGCGCCUUGUCGCGGUGCGAGUUGUUGUAGCAGCCCGGUACGCAGCAGGUGAAGCCCGGCAUGGCCUCGCGGGGCGGGGGGACACCCGCGGCGAGCGGGGCGAGCGGCCCCGCCGAACUACAGCUCCCACAAGGCCCGCGCGGCCUCUCGCCGCCGCCGCCGCCGCCGCCCCGGAACUACGCGGACCACAAUGCACCGCGCUGCCGGCGGAACUACCCGCCCCACACUGCGCCGCGGCCACUCCCGGCGCGCGCGCGUUCGCGAGAGGCGGUGGGAGGCGGGUGCCGUUCGGCCGUUACCGGACCCGCCAUGGCUGACGGGCGGUCCCGGGCUAGGCCCGGCCUCAGGCGCAGCGGGCGCAACGCGGGGGCGGCAGCACAGACUGGAUCGAGUGUAGAAAAUAAGAGUAAAUCUGUCAGGAGCACCUUGGCAAAGCAGAGACUGGGAGUGUUCCCUGAUCUCAGAAAUGGCACACCACGGCUUAUGCUCAAGAGAGUCAUGCAGAACCAGCCCCAAGUUUCACCACUGGCACCUCAGGUAUCUAACCAUGAAGACACAGAAGAAACUCAUUCAGAAGUCCCAUCUAAGAGGGUUUCCAGCAUGGGGGAAUUGCAGCUGCCAGAUGUUGCUCCUGAGGACACAUCUAUCACUGUGUUCAACAUGAAAAAGAAGAGAAGAAAAUUCAGCAUUUCUGAAUUUGAGAGGGCAGCAGAGAGCCGACUUCCCCAGUACCAAGCUCAAUCAGCGUUGGACAGCACAGUUAUGACUCGGUCCCUUCGUAUGUCUGUGGGUUCCUUGCUGGCCCCAGACACCGUUGAGAAGAGGGGCUUGCUGCGGAGGCCCAGAACCCGCAAGGCUGUUGACAUGCAAGCCUUUGAAGGCAGAGUGGAACAGAACAUGCUGAAGAACAAAGGACAGAAUGAUCUUGUGGACUCACAAUCUGCAUCUGGGAUUCGAACAAGCAUGCUGACCAGUGAUGCAGAAAUGAUGAUGAAUAGCACAGAGCUCUUUGUUCAGCCCCAGCUGGAUGAAGAGAGCCAACAUAAAUUGUCUGCUCUUGAACCCCAGCUGUCAGAUUCAAAAUCUUCAGCACAGAGGAGCCCGAUUUCUGAUGCAGAUCAAGAGGAAGCAAGGCUGGAGGGCCUGGUAUCCAGUGUGAGCACAAACCAGGGAAGGACCCAAAGAUACUCCAAGAGCUCAAGCCUUGAUGAUGAGCAUGUUGGCAGAAUGACUCAUGUAUCUCCAGAAACUCCUGCAAAACAGGGAGAAGAAAAACAAGAUCACUCCCAGCAGAGUAACCCAAUGGCACAGAUUUCUAUUGCUGAAGAAGAGGUGGUUUGCACUGUAGAACAUGGUGCAAGUGCUGGACAUUCUGAACAUUUGGAGAAGAAACUGGCUGAAAAAGCAGAAUUGCAGAUAACUGCAGCACAGAACAGCAGAGGUGAAACAGAAAUGGCUCCUUCAGCAGGAAAGGAAGUGGAAGAGGGCAGCACUGGAGCCCACAGCUCUCCCAGAGCUGAACGUGAGAUUACCAGGGGCAUUGGAGCUGAAAGUCUGGGCAGGCACUCUCAUGCCUUUUCCUCAUUUGAAAAACCUGAGAUGACUCCAGUAGAUGAAACUGAUGAACAAGGAGAUGAACUACAGGACCAGGCUAUGAUGCUAAAUUUGGAUAGUUCAGUGGAGGAGCCUGCUGAGGAUGAAGCUGAAUACCCUGCCAGUGAAGAGGUUUCCAUGAAGACUCCUGCAUUUGUCCGUGCUCCAGCCCGCAACCUCCUGCUGUCAGCAAAACCUGCAAAACCUGCUGCUCCCAGGUCUCCCCUGCAGCUGCUGCAGCGUAAGACAGUUCCAAAGAGAUUGGCAACAUCCCAGAAGAAACCACGGGAGCCUCAAGUACCCAGGAGUUUGAUAAAGGAAAUAUUCAGACAUUUUGCUAAAAUGCCAGUAACCAGAGAGGCAUUCCAAAUUGUUGAAAAAUGCUCAGAGAGAUACUUCAAGCAGCUGAGUGAUGAUCUGGAAGCUUACAGCCGCCAUGCAGGGAGGAAGACAGUGGAGGCAGCUGACCUGGAAGUCCUCAUGAGAAGGCAGGGGCUGGUGACAGACAAGAUGCCUCUGAGGGUGCUGAUCGAGCGUUACCUCCCCCUGGAGUACCGCAGGCUCCUGAUCCCCGUGGCUGUGAGUGGAAACAAAGUGAUGCCCUGCAAGUGAAGGUGCAGGGCUAGCCUGGGCUGGAUGGUGGCUGCUCCCAGGGGUUGUUGCAUGUCACUUCUCCAGGUGAUGCUUUUUCCAGUCAGGCAGCCACUGCUGGAUGUUCUCCUAAGGGGAGGCAGCUUGUGCUGUGGCCACCACACCCUGCUGGGUCUCACCAGCCUUUGUUACAAAAUUUGACUAUCCAUAUUUUUAUAUGUUACCUUUGGAUACUUGUACAGCUCUGAUAAAUAAAAUGUUACAUGCA